AUGUCUCACCGGAGCGCUCUUGCCGCCCUCCGCGCUGCUCGUGCGGGUGGGAAGUCGCGACUCGAGUCGUACCAGGUCGAGGACGCGGGCAACAUCUACGACGAAGUCGACGAAGAAGGAUACAAGAAUGUCGUUCGCAAACGCCUCAAUCGAGAUGAUUUUGUCGUUGACGAUACUGGCGAAGGCUAUGCCGACGAUGGACGCGAAGAGUGGCAGAAUGAACGGACGCACUACUCCAGCGACGAGGAAGAAGCACCGUUGAAAGGCAAUGCCGCGAAGCGGAAACGCGAAGAGGAUCUCGAGAAGGCAGAGAAGACAAACCACAAGAUCCAGAACUACUUCAACAGCGGCCCUGUCGCUGCCGCUGCGAAGCCAAAGGUCCAAACAUCUGCCGAGGACGAAGCAUUCAUGGCAGAUCUGCUCGGUGAGGUCGAUGUCAAUGUUGCGCCUGCACGCUCGUACAACAAGAGAACUAUCAAGUCCGAAUCACGUCGAAAAGUUCGCGUUCUCUCGCCACCUCCCACAGACCACCGCAACAAGUCAGGCAAAUACGUUCCACCUGUCACAGAACUGGUCGACACACCUCCUCCGCAGUCUGCCAUGGAUGAUGACAACAUGAUGCUUGAUGACGACGACGACUACAACAUCACCAGCGAUCCCCCACUCCCGUCAUCGCCCAUAGCAAAGGCUGUCGAACGAAAAGCCAGGGUACAGAUCAAAGAGGAGGAGCCUGAGGAAGACGAGCUCAUGGAUGUUGCACCGGCUGUGGCCCACGAGGGUACCGUGUCCAAGUCUGUCAACAUGAAAGGCAGCAGACCUCCGCCCAAAAUCAAGCAGCAAUUAGCCUCUCCUCAGAGCUCCUCUCCACCUCAGCCCGCAGCAUCAGAUGUUGACGCGUCGACCUGGACCAAUGUGACCAACAAGCUUGCUGUGGCCAGCAGUCCUGCCUCCGGCACUGUGCAAUUUGGAAAGAUGAAGGCGUCUGAAGCUGUUGAAGACGACGGAAGUCUGCGAUUCUACUGGCUCGACUACAGCGAUGUCAACGGCAGUCUAUGCCUGUUCGGAAAAGUCAAGCACAAGACCACCGGCCAGUAUCAGAGUGCCUUUGUCAAAGUGGACAACAUCUUACGCAAGCUCUACUUCCUCCCACGAGCCAACAAGUACCGAAAUGGACGUCAGACAGAUGACGAGGUUGGUAUGGAGGAUGUGUACGAAGAAGUCGACACACUCAUGUCCAGAAUGAAGGUCGCUACUCGCAAAGUCAAGCCCUGCACGCGCAAGUACGCUUUCGAGCUGCCGGAUGUGCCCAAGGAGACCGAUUAUCUAAAGCUGCUCUAUCCAUAUGACAAGAGUCCACUGCCAAUGGACCAGUCUGGCGAGACUUAUUCGCGAGUCUUUGGUACGAAUACAUCCAUAUUCGAGCAGUUCGUCAUGUGGAAGAACAUCAUGGGUCCCUGCUGGCUCAAGAUCGACGAUGCAGACUUCACCUCAGUCAACAACUCGUCCUGGUGCAAGCUCGAAUGUUCAGCAGCUAAUCCGGCGAAUAUCUCGGUCGUCCCUGACACCGAGCAGCUCGAGACGCCCCGGCUGACUCUCAUGUCGUUGUCUUUCCGCACACAGAUGAAUGUCAAGGAGAACAAGCAAGAGCUGCUGAUCGCCAGCGCCAGAGUCUACGAGAAUGUCUCGUUAACAGACACAACUCCACCCGAGAAGAUGCCGUCUCGCACUUUCACGGUCAUGCGACCUCUCGACGGCAAAUAUCCCCUCGGCUUCGAGACCAGGGCAACCGAAUCCAUGGCGAAGAAGAAUGCUGGCACCUUCAUGCUCGAAAAGAGUGAGCAAUUCUUGCUCAGCAAGUUCCUUGCUUUGUUCGAGAGGGUUGAUCCUGACGUCCUGAUGGGCCACCAACUGCAAGAAGUCGACUACAGCAUUUUCCUGAGCAGACUUCGGGAGAAGAAGACGCCAGGUUGGUCCCGUAUCGGUCGGCUGAAGCGCUCAGAGUGGCCGAAGACUUUCGGCAGGAGUGGCUCGUCUUUCUUUGCUGAACGUCAGCUUGUCUCUGGUCGACUGAUGUGUGACCUUGCCAAUGACAUGGGCAAGUCAUUGAUGAUGAAGUGUCAACAGUGGAGCUUGACUGAGAUGUGUGAGCUCUAUCUGGGUCCGAGCAACCCUCGCAGAGAGCUAGACAACGACGCCGCACUAAAGUCAUGGGCAAAUACGAAAGACGGGCUGAUGAACUAUGUCGGCCAUUGUGAAGCUGACACCUUCUUCAUUGCAGCUCUUGCGAUCAAAUUGCAGAUGCUUCCACUUACGAAAGUGCUGACAGAACUUGCUGGAAACUCAUGGGCACGGACAUUGACUGGUACACGAGCCGAGCGAAAUGAGUACAUUCUGCUUCACGAGUUCCAUCGGAACAAGUACAUCUGCCCCGACAAGGUCUACGGCAAGGGUCGUGCCAAGGUCGAGGAAGAGAACGACGACGAAGACAGCGCAGAUACCAAGAAGAAGGACAAAUACAAGGGCGGUCUUGUGUUUGAGCCUGAGAAAGGUCUGUACGACAAAUUCGUGCUUGUCAUGGACUUCAACAGUCUGUAUCCCAGCAUCAUUCAGGAGUUCAACAUUUGCUUCACAACGGUGGAUCGAACGACAUCUUCGGAAAACGAUCACGAGGAGAAAGUUCCGGAAGUGCCGCAAGAUCAGGCUCUUGGUAUCCUGCCCAAGCUCAUUGCGACCUUGGUCACUCGACGACGAGAAGUGAAGAAGUUGAUGAAGGACAAGAAUGCCACCCCUGAACAGCUUGCUUUGUGGGACACGAAACAGAUGGCUCUGAAGCUGACAGCCAACUCCAUGUACGGUUGUUUGGGUUACACACAGUCGCGAUUCUAUGCUCGACCACUAGCUAUGCUUACGACCUUCAAGGGACGAGAGAUUCUCCGAAGCACGAAAGAGUUGGUUGAGGAGAAUCAGCUCCAGGUCAUUUACGGGGAUACCGACUCGGUCAUGAUCAACAGCAAUGCAGACAGCAUCUCUGAUGCACUCAAAGUCGGCAAUGAGAUCAAGAAGAUGGUCAAUGAGCGAUACAGAUUACUCGAAAUCGAUAUCGACAACAUCUUCCGCCGAUUACUCCUCCAUGCCAAGAAGAAGUACGCCGCCAUCAAUCUUGCUGAAGUGGACGGCAAGUACGUCGACAAGCUCGAAGUCAAAGGUCUGGAUAUGCGACGACGUGAGUACUGUGCUCUGUCGAAAGAGGCGUCGCAGCACUUGCUCAAUGAGAUCUUGUCUGGCGAGGAUCCGGAGACUGCGCUCGAGAAGAUUCACCAGUACUUGCGGGAACUCUCUGAGAAGAUGCGUGAGGGUCAGAUUCCGGCACAGAAGUACAUCAUCUAUACAAAACUUGGGAAGAACCCGAAAGACUACCCGAAUGCCGACUCAAUGCCUCAGGUUCAAGUCGCAUUGCGAGAGAUUGCGCGAGGCAAGAACAUUCGCGUCAACGAUGUCAUGUCUUAUAUCGUGACCACUGGCAACGAUGAGACGAAGUCUUACCCGGCGCCAAAACGCUCAUACACGCCGCAAGAUGUCCUGAAGAAGGACUCUGGUCUCACACCCGACAUCGAGUAUUACCUGUACAAGCAGAUCAUGCCGCCCAUCGAGCGUCUCUGUGCGCCUCUGCCUGGUACAGACUCGGUGCGACUGGCGGAAUGCCUUGGUCUUGACACUCGAAAAUAUGCAACCAACGCGUCUUCGAAUUCGACCAAACAGAACGCCGAGAUCUUCCCUCUCGAAUCUCAGAUUCCCGACAGCAUCCGCUUCAAGGACGCCGCCCGCUUCACCAUUCGUUGCCGAAACUGCCAGACAAUAUCCACCUUCGAGGGCCUCUGCGAGUCCGCAGCCAUGUGCACACCUACCGGCCUCCAAUGCACCAACACCGACUGCAACACAACAUUCACCAAGAUGUCCAUCGUCCUCCAACUGGAAUCCCAAAUUCGCGUCCAAACCUCCCAAUACUACGAAAGCUGGCUACGUUGCGACGACGAAUCGUGCGGCAACCGCACGCGCUCCAUGUCCGUGUACGGCCACCGCUGUUUGGGGCCAGCGGGCAAAGCAGAGGGUUGCCAGGGCAGGAUGUCGUACGAGUACAGCGAGAAGCAGCUGUACAAUCAGCUGUUGUACUAUGCAAGUUUGUGGGAUGGGGAGAAGGCGAAGGCUAAAAGUAAGACCGUCAAGGAAUUCGAAGGGGUUAGUGCGAGGGUGGCCGUGUUGGCGGAAACGAACAAAGAAAUGUUGGGAUCGAUGAAAGCGGUGGUUGAUGCGUAUCUGAAGAAGUGUGGACGGCAGUGGGUUGAGAUGGAUGGGUUGUUUGGAUUUGCAUUGAAGUGA